CAAACAGAUCACACAUUUUCUCUGCUAUUUCUGGUACGUUUAAGACAUGGAUUUCGUGUUCUUGAAAUGUUAACAAGGUACCCAAAAGCACUUGGAAGUAAUGUUUUCAUCAUAUUAGCUAAACAAAACUCGUUUAAAACAGCGAAAUUGUCGCGGUAAUGAUCUCCAAAAUUCGAUGCAUUAGGUUGGUUGAUAUAGCAACGAACGCUAAUAGUUUAUCGAAUCCCAUUGUGAUUUUGGCGGGACACUUUUUGUCAUGACACCCCCAUUGAUUUUGUUAGUCACUCUUACGCAAACAUAAUUUCACUUAUGCCCCCCAAAACGCAGGGCCAGCGCGGUUUGGAGGUGUGUGUAUUGAUGUGGGUAUGCAGACCUGCGAGCAUUUUUUGUGGACCUCACCACCGUCAAAAUUGCUCAUCUCUGACAUAAAGGAUAGAUUAACUGGAUUAGUUGGCAUAUCGCCGGAAUCACACCUCGAUGCACCACCAUGAGAAAUUGCAUGUUUGUGCACUACCAGUAUCCUUCCUUACUCAUUCUAUUAUAAAUAUCCCACUCUAUUUUGCAUUAAACAAUUAAAUAUACUACACUAUUUUCUGAAAUAUACUUGGUGCAAGUAGCUAUAUUUUAAAGUACAAUAAUCGAUCCCGUUGUGCGUAAAAACCGGCCAUGAGGAAGGGUCUUUUUUUAUAUCAGGAUAUUCACACUCGGGUMAUUGCACUUGCGGCUAUUGUACUCCAGUAGUUUGCAAAAUAUAGUUGAUGGAAUGAUCCGUUAUCUGAAGUUUCUACAAGGCUACUGCCGGCACAACACUGCCGCUGGGGGUUUCCCAAGCAGUGAUGUAAGGGGAUUUCCACCCAACCGAACAGCCAGUCAAAUCCAUCCAACAAGUGCGGAACUAAACGCACACUCGAACAGGGCGCUUGGGAGGCGGACUCAUUUUAUCCAUAACAUAUGCAAGAGAGGUAGAAUGUCUAUGCUUUUUUAAAACGAAAGGCCAAUUGAACCAAAUCGAAGUACGAGAGCGAAGAGAGGACAAUAUUUGAAUUGCAGUAGCCUAUUAUGGCCACGAAAUGAUCGGUCAGGGGAAAUAGGGCGGAAUUGUGUUUGUGUCUGGGUUUAAAAAAAAUACUCGAACAAGGUUUUCAGCUCCAGGACAAACAUCGUAACGUGCCAUGAGAAACAUGAGUGUUCAAAACUGCACUGCAACAAAUGACUUGGACAUCAUUCAGGAGGUGAUCUCUGCAGACCGAGAGUUUCCCUGUCAGGUCCAGUCUCGUUUCUGCCUCCCCAGACCUCCUCAUCCCCCUGUAGACCCUGAGAUCCAGGCCCAGAACCACAGGGCCAUGCCCAGGCAUACCCCCUCCUUGACGCCCCCAGUACUGGUGCCAAGGGGCACGACCUCCAGGCCGCCCUGCUUCUUCCCUCAGCCCCAGCACCACUCUCGCACCAGAGAUAUGGCAGCACCUCACCCCACUCGUGGGGUCUCAAACCGACGAGGACGUGGGUCCUCUAGUUCAGGGACUUCCAGGGGGCCAGAUAGUCCUUCUCGACAGGCCCAGACAGACACAGAUCUGCUGGAGCAGAUCCUGGAGAGGCCCAACCUGGCUGUGGUGGAGCAGCCCAAAGAGAGAGGCAUGAGAUUCCGUUAUGAGUGUGAGGGCCGCUCGGCCGGGAGCAUCCUAGGGGCCUCCAGUGGGGACUCCAACAAGACCCUGCCUGCUAUAGAGCUCCAGGGUCCCAUUCAGAACAUUAAAAAAGUGAUGGUCACUGUUUCCCUGGUGACCAAAGACUACCCGUACCGCCCACACCCCCACUGCCUAGUGGGUAAAGACUGUGCUGACGGUACCGGAAUCUGUGUCAUCUGCUUAAACCCUCACAGCAACCGACGUCACAGUUUCGCUAACCUGGGCAUCCAGUGUGUAAGGAGGAAGGAGCUGGAUGCCUCACUCGAGAAGAGACGGAAUCAGAAGAUCGACCCCUUUAAAACGGGCCACUCUAAAAGCAUCGAGGACAUGGACAUGAACGUGGUGCGGCUGUGUUUCCAGUGUGAGCUGGAGUGGGAGGAUGGAAAGAAGGACUUCCUGAACCCCAUAGUGUCCAACCCCGUCUAUGACAAGAAGGCGACCACCACAUCUGAGUUGAAGAUCAACCGUCUGAACAUUGUUAAAGGGCCAUGCACCGGCAAGACUGAGAUCUACAUGCUCUGCGACAAAGUCCAGAAAGACGACAUAGAGAUCAUCUUCAAGAGGGGGUCUUGGGAGGCCAAGGCGGAGUUUGCCCAGACGGACGUCCACCGGCAGAUCGCUAUCGUGUUCAAGACCCCGUCCUACCAGGAACAGGA